AUGCACUUGGGCCUUUACGUACUAGGGGUUGGCCUGCUGUCUGCCAUCUGCCCCGUCAAUGCCGAAGCUUCUUUCAACUCUUCCUUGUCUCAAUGGUUAUACACCAGUAACAUCGACGAGGAAGCUCUUGCCCUCUUGGAGCAUCCAGAAAUCCAAGGUAUCCAGAGCCUUUACACCUGGAAGUCUCUCGAGCCGCAGAGAGACCAAUACGAUUUCUCUGCCAUUGAGAACGAUUUGAACCGUGCACGGUCUAAGGGUAAACAACUCUGGGUCCAGAUCCAGGACCGCACUUUCAGCAUCGAAAACAACCCUGUGCCGAGAUACCUUCAUAAACCAAUCUACAACAACGGCAGCGUGCCUCAGUGUGAUGGAGAUGACUGCGACAGCGACUUUGUCGCAGGCGGUUGGGCUACGGCGCAAUGGAAUUCUCAUGUCCGUGAAAGGUUCCAGAGUUUGUUAAAGGCUCUUGCAGUCAAGUUCGAUGGAAAAGUUUAUGGCUUCAAUCUCCCAGAGACCGCAAUCGAAGUUCAGUCCAAUAACAAUGCCACCGGCUAUACUUGUCAAGCCUACUUCGAGGGUACUCUGGAUAAUGCCCGCUAUGCAGCCCAGGUAUUCCGUCGCUCCUACGCCGUCCAGUACGUCAACUUCUGGCCUUGCGGCUGGGCAAACGAGAAUAACUACAUCUCCGACUCGUUCCAGUUCUUUGCGGACCACGGUGUGGGUGUGGGUGGACCAGACAAUAUCCCCUUUAAGCAAACCAUGGAGAAUAACGCCUACCCGUUCAUGUCUAAAUAUCGGAAUAAGGUCCCUAUCAAUGUGGUUGCAGUGCAGGAACCUGAUUUGGCGGCAAUCAACCCAAACACCAGCAAGCCUUUCACAAAGGCCGAAUUCACCUCGUUUGCCGAAAAGCAGCUGGGCUCGAAGAUUUUGUUUUGGGCCUUGUCCAGUCCUUGGCUCCAUCAGUAA